CUUGACUCCCCCCGCCUCCCUCCCCGCGGGGGGACGCGGUCUCCAUGGCAACGCGACCAUGGCGGAGGUUGCCGACAGCCGACGCGACGAGGCCGACUACAAGCGCCUGCACAGCUUCCCUCUGCUCAGGCACACAGACAUGCCAGAAGAAAUGAGGACAGAGACAAUGGAACUGUGUGUCACAGCAUGUGAGAAAUAUGGCACCAACAAUGAGCUUGCAGCCAAGAUGAUCAAGGAGUCAAUGGACAAGAAGUUUGGAUCCUCCUGGCAUGCCGUGGUGGGCGAGGGGUUCGGCUUUGAGAUCACUCACGAGACCAAGAACAUUUUGUAUAUGUUCUUCGGAGGCAGUAUGGCAGUUUGUGUCUGGAAGUGUUCCUAAGCUACUCCUCACUUCGCGUCAUCCUUGGCACGACUUUCUUACACACAGAUGCACACUGAUUUGCACUCAGCUCUGGUAGUCGUAACCAACUGGCAUACCGAGAGUGUUUUUUUUUAAAACUUGCAUAUAAAAUGUAGGCUGAUGUGUAUGUGUGUUUUUUUAAUUCUAUUUCAUAUGUGAAUCAUGAAGAUUUUUUUACGUUAAACUAUUUGAGGUUCUGUAUAUUACAUUCCUUCAUACUUGGGACCCUGUAUCUUCCAACUUAAUUGCACCAUGGUGUUAAUGCUCAUUGAAAUAUUCCAAUACAUUGUACAGUGCCAUUUGCAGAUUCACCGAUGUUAUUUCAGAAUACUUAAACUAUUUACAUUGGAUUUUAAAGUGUGAUUUAACGACACGUCCCAAAUGUUGUUAAACAGCAAAACUGUUGAAAUGUUCUCGAGCGUUUCCCCUUCCUACGUCUCAGGUUAUGUUCUCACCCAAACUGGGAAGUCAGGUGACUUCUUCAUCUCAUCAACCACUUCUCUAUUCCCGUAGUGACCCCCCCCCUCUCACCCACUUGCUCCCCCAGCCUUCACUGGCACUCCCCUGUCUCUACCCUGGCUGCCCCAUCUCCUUCCUUAACUCUGCCACUCGCCUCAUUUUUCCACUUACCCUCAUAGCCUGUUCCACCAGAUUCACUUGGCUGCUGACCUUAUAUAUCCCACCUCGGCUUCUCCAACCCAUGCACGUUUUACAACAGUGAAGUGUGUUUUUGCGCUGCACGUGUCAAAGUGGAAGUAGGCUUGAGAUUGUUUUUUAUUCCCAUAACUAUAUUUUCAGUUAUAUAUUUACUUGGUAUGCUUCCCAUAAAAGGCAAAGGAAGUGAUCUUAAACAACCCAGCAACCAAGCGUAAACUUGUGAAAAUUUACUUUGUUGUACUAAAAUCCAGUAGAGUAUGAGUUGCACUACCCCAGUCAAUAAUCACAAGAGAGUGCUUGAGAUGUAUUACAUGCACCUGCCAUGAAACAGAUUGCAUCAGAAUAUUAUUAACUGUUUUAACACCAACUUGGGUAUUGUAUUUAAUAACUGCAAUUUUAAAGCAAGUACUUUGAAUACUUGUUGGAUAUUAACUAAUCAUCGGUUGUCUGUAAUUCCACGACAUGUGAGCCGACCUGCAUCUAACGGAUCAUGCUCAAGUGCUAUAAAAUAGUUGUCUCUUAUAGGCGGUAGGAAAUGAGGAUAUGAUGAUCGUUUAAAACAGAUUCUCACGCUCACUAUGUGUAUGGAAUUGCACGUGUAAGAAUCGACUUUUUCCCUAUCAUGAAUAUCGCUUUUAUACCACUGUUUAAUGCAUUCGUACCACUAAAGAUUAUGCGUGCAUGCCAAGGAUAAAAGAAUGGAGUUUAUAGUUACGAAUCUUAACAAUUCCUAGAAUCAUGGAGAGAUUGAAUCCCUGUCAGAAGCACUAAUUAACUUCUGUGGGUUUGAAACGUGUGGUCAAAAACAUCACGUGAUGUCUGAAUUCAUAUGAAGUGGCCCUAAAACGUGUUUAACUACAUUCUUGAAAACAUUGUAAUUUACUGCGUUUGAAACUUUAAAAUAAGCACACUUUAUUGUAAAUGUAAUAGCUGUUGUGAUUUGAGUGGUAAAAUGUCAAGUAAUCUACACUAAUGUGAUCAAAUUUUUGUUCAAAAUGCAAUACAAUUGAUGGAUUAAUCAUGUUCAAACUACCUGAUAUCGCAUUCAUCGUGUGACAAUGCCUCGUGUUUACGCUUGAAAUGACUUUUCGUUCCUUUAUAUACAUUUACCAUGAAUAAAUAGUUUGGAAAAAAA